UUACGAACUCGGUUUCAGAAUAAUGUUUAGAGGAGAUAGUGCACCUCCUAAAGGCGGUAUUCCACCAGCCACCAAAUUUAAUAACUGGUAUUUGGAGGUCUGCGAGGGGAGACAAGUGUGGCAUUAUGUUACAGAUGAAUUGACCAAGAUCCAAAAAGAAAGGUUCGAACUUACUGCGUCUCCAUAUCAUGUAGGUCUCCCUAAGUUUGCAACACCGGAAGAAAGCGGAAGCCCUUUUUAUAAAGUUCCUUCACAAUCUCAUUCAUAUGAAGAAGUUCUUAGAAAAGGCGUAAGCUUUUUUGGAAAACUACAAACAAAAGAUGGGCACUGGGCUGGUGAUUACGGUGGGCCUCUUUUUUUACUUCCUGGCUACAUCAUUGUUAUGUACAUAACCAAGCAACCCAUCUGUGAACCGUUCAAAUUAGAAAUUUUACGCUAUCUAUUCAACGUUCAAAAUGAAGAUGGAGGAUGGGGGUUGCACAUUGAAUCCACUUCUACAAUGUUUGGAUCAGUUUUGAAUUAUAUAAGUGCCCGUCUAUUAGGUUUAACUGUAGAAGAUAAGCUCUUGCAUAAAGCGAAAUGCUGGAUACAGAGCCACGGAAACGGCUCUUCUUGUCUAGCCUCCCCACAAUGGGGUAAAGUUUACUUGGCUAUUCUUAACAUUAUUUCUUGGGACGCGGUUAAUUCUUUGAUUCCAGAGCUUAUUCUUCUCCCUGAAAUAUUCCCUUUUCAUAUCAAGGGCAUGUGGUCCUACGCCCGUACAGUGUACAUGCCCAUGACUUACUUGUAUGGGAUCCGCUUUCAGGUUGCAGAAGACGACCUUAUCAGACAACUUCGCACUGAACUUCUUCCGUCUAGCCUAGCGGAUUACGCUAGCAUUCAAUGGUCAGUCUACCGGAACAUCGUGGCCGAGGAAGACCUGUACACUCCACAUACACGAUUGCUUAAAUACGCUUUUAAAUUCUUUAACGCUUACGAAUACAUUGCUCCUUCUUUCCUGAGGAGGCGAGCGCUGGCUAGACUUUACGAAGUUGGCGUCAGGAAAGAAUCGGAGUUCACAAAGUACAUCUGUAUAGGCCCCGUGAAUAAGGUGUUGAACACACUCGUCACGUGGAUUGUCGAGGGCCCCGAGAGCGUGGCGUUCCAGAAGCAUCUAGAGCGCCUGCCUGACUACUUGUGGAUGGGGACGGAUGGCAUGAAAAUGAACGGAACCAACGGUUCGCAGUUGUGGGACACGGCAUUUAUGGUUCAGGCUUUAAUGGAGAAUUCCAAGAACCGCGAGGAGUACAGAGACAUCUUCUCCUUGGCGAAUGAUUUUCUGGAUAUCUCCCAGAUAAGAGUUAAUCAUCCUGAGCACUGGAAGUACUACCGCGAUGAAACAAAGGGUGGCUGGCCGUUCAGCACGCGGGACGUGGGCUGGCUGGUGGCUGACACUACCGGCGAGGGUCUAAAGGCUUCUCUCCUGGUGAAGAGACAUGGCUACUCCCUCACACCUCUCGACGAUUCGCGGUUGUUUGAUGCGCUGAACAUUUUAUUAUUGAUGCAAAACUCUACAGGCGGCUAUGCUACUUGCGAGAAAACACGUGGCUCUAAACUCUUCGAGUAUCUUAACGCCUCCGAGGUUUUUGGGGACAUUAUGAUUGACUACGACUAUGUGGAAUGCACAUCUUCUGCUCUUCAGGCGCUGGUCACUUUUCAUGAGCACUACCCGACUCAUCGCAAGCAAGAAGUUUUAAAGGCCGUUGAGAGGGCGACUGCUUUUAUUUUAAAGUCACAGCAUCAGGACGGGAGCUUCGAGGGGAUGUGGGGCAUAUGCUUUACUUAUGGUACUUGGUUCGCUCUGGAUGGUCUGGCCUCUGUCGGAUUGUAUUACGAAAAUAACUCGGCGGUCAGAAAAGCUUGCAAGUUUCUACUUUCCAGGCAAAUGAUGGAUGGAGGCUGGGGCGAGUCAUUUUUGUCCUGUGUCCGGCGUACCUAUGUAAAUCACAAGGCUUCUCAAAUCAUUAAUACCGCGUGGGCCGUUCUUGCUCUUUUGGGGGCACACUAUCCUCAAAAAGAGCCAAUCAAAAGGGGGAUUGAUUUACUUAAGCAGCGUCAGCUGCUUAAUGGAGAUUGGCCUCAAGAGAGCAUCUGCGGCGUUUUUAAUAAGAACUGCAUGAUCAACUAUAGUAACUUCAAGAAUAUAUUUCCGAUUUGGGCGCUGGCGAGGUUUACCGAACGAUAUCCCCAGGAGUCUCCCUUGUGAUGGUCGAAGU